AUGAAGCCGCCUACGGUCUCGAAUCCAAAGGCCCGGAGACGCAACAGUGUGGAACUAUUGCCCCCAAAGAUGUCUGAAAGUCCUACAGAGCUAAGGAUUGUGCUUCUCGGAAAGAAUGGCUCUAAGAAGAGUGCUGUUGGGAACUUCAUCCUGGACAGAGGGGCAUUUGACCCCAACUAUGUACAAAACCACUGUGAGAGAGCCAGGGGUCGGGUGGAGGACAAACACAUAGCUGUGAUCAACACUCCAGACCUGUUAGACCCUCACAUCUCACAUGACAAACUCUCAGAGGAACUGCGUUGGUGUGUCACUCUGUCUGACCCGGGACCUCAUGUGUUCCUGUUGGUGCUGCAGCCUGAGGAGUCCACACAGGAAGAGGGAAACAGAAUCAGGACCAUCCUAGACACCCUCAGUGACCGGUCCUUUGACUACUCAAUGGUACUGACAACUCAUGAAGACAAGAGGGAACACAUGGAUGAGGAUCACCCUCUGAAUCAGAUGGUCAGAGCCUGUAGAGGGAGGCAGCACCUCAGUGACUGCACUCAACUUAUUGCAGAUGUUGACAAGAUUGUAAAGGAGAAUGGAGGAGACUAUCUCACCUGUGAUGUAUUUGAAGAUAGUUCAAGUGUCAUGGUACAAGGGAAAGAGGAAAUCCACAGGAGUAAAACUGAUGGAAGUCUCAAAUCUUCCUCUGAGGAAGAACUUGGAAAGGAUGUUUUGGAACAAGGUGAAUCAGCACAACUGGACAAAUGGGAGAACAUUAGAGAAACUGGUAAGUAUACAGAGAGCACAAAACUUAUUGUGAAAUGA